AGCCGGCCACCGCCCAAGACUUGGAAGAGAGUUUAGAGAAGCUUCUCUGAGGCGACCCGUUCACCGGGCAAAUGUUUCACUACGGGGCUUGGAUCUGGCGGAUCCAACCGGGUGGCCAGGGUACCCUUAUGGCUCACGAAGUAGCGGGGCACGGGAGGACCGGUGGCUCUUCCUCUGCUGCCCCCAAAACUGUACCGGUCCAACAGGAACCGGUGGAGAUCCAUUCGGAGGAGGAAACGCCUCCAACCGGGGGAGAUGCUCAGGCCAAGAACGCCCCGGUGAAUCCUCCCCUCGACAAGGGAAAGGGGAAGAUGAGUAUGAAGAAGGCCGCCACCACCCAUCCAGCGUCGAAGAGGAAAAGGGAGGAAAGUUCUCCGGCUGAGGAAUCGCUGGAGGAGCUCUGGGUCAAAUUGACCCUCAAGCUGAAAGAGCUGGAAGAGAAGUUGAAGAGAUCCGAGGCCCACAACCGGGAGCUCAAGGACCUGACGGCCCGGCAGUUAGAUGAGAUGGCCAACCUUUCAGCAAUUGCCGGGGGGGCCAAGGCUGAAACUCUCCAGCUGAAGGAAGAGAACCUGAAGCUGAUGGAGGAGUUGGAGUCGAAGGAACGUGAGUUUCUCGGUAGGGCCCGCCGGUGGAUGGAGGACAAUCUGGUAGAAGCUGCCCGGGUUCUCACCUCUUCUGGGAGAGGACCAUGGAGGGCUUCAGGCUAUUGUACCGAGAGGAGCAAGGGAAAGAGAUGAUCACCCAGAUUGGCUCCUACGGCUUUAUGUCUGGCCAGAAACGAGACCGGGAGGCUACCCACACAAUCCUGGCUGAACGGGACCUAGCCUUCUCUACCGACGCUUACGGCCUGGCUCCCAUCCCCAGUGAGGAACCCAAGCCCCCUUUUCCUUUGGAAUGAACUCCCCGGCUGCGCCCGGUUAUUUUUGUAAAAUUUCCAAACUUGAAAUUUCCCCGGGUAUGCCCGGCGUACUUGUAAACAUUUGACAUUCUCCUGUCUUGUUAAAUGCAAUGUUUGUUUGCUUACCCGGUUAAUCUUGCCUUUGCCUCUUGAUUGAUACUUUGCUCUUGUUCCUUAGAAUCUCUUCAUAAAAUUUCUGGCCGGUU